GCGUAUUCAAAACUCUCCGCUCUUCAUUUUGUACACAAACCCCCCAACAGGGAUCGAGCAACCAUCAUUGCCCGCCCAACCCAAAUUCAAGAUGACAACUCAAACCCUUUCACCGAUCUUAUUUUGCACGUUUGUUCUGACACUGAGUGGGCAUACAAUGUGGAAGUUUAUGUGGUUCAUCUCCGGCAUUUCGUCGUCAAUGGAGUAUGAUAAAAAGGAGUCUGAGUCAGGUCUUCUCUUUCCUGUUUGGCUAAAUGCAAGUCUCGUAACGCUCUUCGUUGUUCAGCACAGUUAUUUAAAAACUAGUGAUAUAGGAAAUUUCUUGAGUCGUCACCGUGUCACGUCAUCGUUGUCCCGUAGCAUUUAUGUCAUCCUCACAUCUGUAACUCUCCAGAUUGUGGUCACAUUCUGGACACCAAUCACUUCAUGCUGCCUGUGGAGGCUGAACGUCAACAGUUCAUUUCUAUGGUGGACCUUCUAUGCAAUUCAUUUUUCAGCAUGGGCUUGCAUAUAUGGAGGCUGUGUGAUUCUUGAUCUUCCAGAACUUGUUGGCAUCAGACAAAUCUACUAUUUUUGCCUGAAUUUACCUGAGACAUCAGAUCUUAAAUCAACUGAACUUCAAAGACUCUACUCACACAAACGUCAUCCCAGUUUCAUGGCCUUUAUUGCUUUGCUUUGGAUGACUCCUGUCAUGAGUUUGGAUAGAGCACUUCUUGCUAUUUGUUUCACUUUGUACAUGGCCACAGCGUGGGAGCCAACUGCAGAUGACAGGCGUUAUCACCAAAGACAACUUGAACGCAAACAACAUGAAAUAUCAUAUAGCAACAGAAGAAAACAAAUGAGCUCAGAAUUCAGAUACUACAGAGGCUGACAAGCAAAGAAGCAUAGUUGUCUAAUUGCAAUGAUCUAGUGGAGGGUAAAGAUAUGAUCAAAUUCCUAAAGAAAAUUCUAAUUUAAUAAUCCAACUACUGCAUGCCAUAAUAAUCCUUGUCUACCUUAAUAUGAUUUUCUGAGAUUGUUUAUAAAGAAUUAAUGAUAUUACUAUGUUCUAAAGAUGGAAAGCCUUUCACAAAGCCAAAAAAACAGUCUAGAAUUAAACACAAAUCUGGACUGCACUAACUGUGAAACUUUAAGUACUAACAGCUUUAACAGAUCUCCUUCAUGUUCCUCAAAUUGUACGAUUAACGAAACUUCCACACACCUUUGUAGGACUUUAUUAUUUUUUCAAACCGGCGAUGUAUGUCAAAUAAUAAUAAACUCAUCCAUCAUUUCUGAAUAA